AGCAAGAUGGCGGCGAAGGCACUUCCGGCGUGUGUCCUUACGGGUGCGUCCGGGCGGCAGCUAGAGGUGCCACGCACCGGGUUCCAGCCUUUUUGCAGCAUAGUCUCUAGCGGUGAUGGCGGGCAGGCAGUUUGCGUGGAGCGGGGCGUCUCUUCUCCAGCUCCUUCUUGGCGUGAACCUGAUAGUGAUGCCCUCCACCCAGGCCCGGAGUCUGCGCUUCGUUACGUUGCUGUACCGACAUGGAGACCGUUCGCCAGUGAAGACGUAUCCCAAGGACCCCUAUCAGGAAGACGAGUGGCCUCAGGGGUUUGGUCAGCUAACUAAGGAGGGGAUGCAACAGCACUGGGAGCUGGGCCAGGCUCUGCGGCAGCGCUACCACGGCUUUCUCAACACCUCUUACCACCGGCAAGAGGUUUACGUGCGAAGCACAGACUUUGACCGUACUCUCAUGAGUGCUGAGGCCAACCUGGCUGGACUCUUCCCUCCCAGUGGGAUGCAGCGUUUCAACCCAAAUAUCUCUUGGCAACCUAUCCCUGUCCACACUGUGCCCAUCGCUGAGGAUAGGCUGCUGAAGUUCCCGUUGGGCCCAUGUCCCCGUUACGAGCAGCUGCAGAACAAGACCCGACAGACACCAGAGUAUCAGAAUGAGAGUAUUCAGAAUGCACAAUUUCUGGAUAUGGUGGCCAACGAGACAGGGCUUACAGACGUGACACUGGAGACCGUCUGGAAUGUCUAUGACACACUCUUCUGUGAGCAAACACACGGGCUGGUCCUGCCACCCUGGGCCUCACCCCGAACCAUGCAGCGUCUGAGCCAGCUAAAGGACUUCAGCUUCCGCUUCCUCUUCGGGAUCUACGAGCAGGCAGAGAAGGCCCGGCUUCAGGGGGGAGUCCUGCUGGCUCAGAUACGGAAGAACCUCACCCUGAUGGCUACCUCCUCCCAGCUUCCUAAGCUGCUGGUUUACUCUGCGCACGAUACCACCCUGGUCGCUCUGCAGAUGGCACUGGACGUGUACAAUGGGGAACAGGCCCCCUAUGCCUCCUGCCACAUAUUUGAACUGUACCAGGAAGAUAAUGGGAAUUUCUCAGUGGAGAUGUACUUUCGGAAUGAGAGUAACAAGGCUCCCUGGCCCCUGGUCCUGCCCGGCUGUGCUCACCGCUGCCCACUGCAGGACUUUCUUCACCUCACAGAGCCCGUCGUGCCCAAGGACUGGCAGCAGGAGUGCCAGUUGGCGAGCGGCCCUGCGGACACAGAGGUGAUUGUGGCCCUGGCUGUGUGUGGCUCCAUCCUCUUCCUCCUCAUAGUGCUGCUCCUCACCGUCCUCUUCCGGAUGCAGGCCCAGCCUCCUGGCUACCGCCAUGUCGCAGACGGGGAAGAUCAUGCCUGACAACCACUCAGCCCCCUUCCCUCGGCCUCCUAGGGGAGGUGGGCUGGGCCCUUGCUCCUGAUUGUUGCUGCUCCCCAGCCCAUGGACAGGAGACCCUGGGAUGGCCUCCCUCCGAUGACCCCAACCUAGAUGAACAAGUGGGACUUGGCUUGGCCCAAGGCACCUGUCACUCAGCAUUCACGUGCCUCCCUGUUCACCAAGUACUGUGUUGGACUUUGGCUUCCUCCAGACACUAUUGGCCUCCACCACGCUUACUAAGGACCAGAAGUGUAGACAAGUAUUCAAGUUUCACUCAGGACCUGAAAAACUGAAGGAGUUAGUGCUUGAUCAAGCCCUGCUCUCUCUUCCAGCCCGGAGUUUUUGGCAAAUAGUUCAGAGGACACAGUCUUGCCUCUCAGUGCUUAUUUUAGUGGGAAAAACUGCACAACAUUGGAGGUACAGAAACUGGCCACUAAGGAACCGGAUCGCCCAGAGGCCAGCCAGGCAAGUUUUCCUUUGUCCCCCCUGAAGCCAUAGAGUCAGACAUACUGCUUCAGGCCUGUGUGUCAUGCUGCAGAUGGAGCAGGUUAGAAGGGUGUUUGUACCGGGGCGGGCGGGGGGCGGGUGGGGAGUUGGGGUACAGUCAUGGCACCACUGUCCCUCUCAGCUAGGCUGGGGUCUCCACCGACCAGAGGCCAAUGCAGGUUGUGAGCUGGACAGCUUGUGACUGUGGCCCAGAAGAGGGCUAAGGCAGCUUCCAGGGAAGGAACGUU